AAAGACACACAGAAGUCUUCAUGGAUAUAGUUGAUACAUUUAAUCAUUUAAUUCCUACUGAACACUUAGAUGAUGCCCUAUUUCUAGGAUCCAACCUGGAGAAUGAAGUCUGUGAGGAUUUUAGUGCAAGUCAAAAUGUCUUAGAGGACUCGCUGAAGAACAUGCUCAGCGAUAAGGAUCCUAUGCUAGGAUCUGCAAGUAACCAGUUCUGUUUGCCUGUUUUGGAUAGCAAUGAUCCCAAUUUCCAGAUGCCUUGUUCAACAGUUGUUGGUCUUGACGAUAUUAUGGAUGAAGGAGUUGUUAAAGAAAGUGGCAAUGAUACCAUUGAUGAAGAAGAACUGGUUUUACCUAACAGGAAUUUGAGGGACAAAGUAGAAGAAAAUUCAGUGAGAUCACCAAGAAAAUCACCUCGUUUAAUGGCACAAGAACAAGUAAGAAGUUUGCGACAGAGCACUAUUGCCAAGCGUUCGAAUGCAGCACCUUUGAGUAACACAAAAAAAGCAUCUGGGAAGACUGUAUCUACCCCUAAGGCAGGGGUGAAACAACCAGAAAGAAGUCAGAUUAAAGAAGAGGUUUGUACAUCACUGAAACCCGAGUACCAUAAGGAGAAUAGAAGGAGCAGCCGACAUAGUGGACAAAUUGAAGUAGUGUCAGAAGUAUCAGUGUCUUCAAGUCAUUCUUCAGUGUCAUCUUGUCUUGAAAUGAAGGAUGAAGCUGGAUUAGAUUCUAAGCAUAAGUGUAAUAAUCAGGUAGAACCAAAUGUGCCAUCUCAUGAAUUAAAUUGUCCACUUCUUUCAGAGACUUGUGUUACUAUUGAAGAAAAGAAAAAUGAAGCUUUGUUGGAAUGUAAAAUUAAGACUGUUAGUAGUCCAUUGUUUAAGUUUUCAGAUAAAGAAGAGUGUGAACAAAAUGAUUCCAUUUCAGGUAAAAUGAAUGAGGCUAUUGUUGAAGAAAUAAUAACAAAGGGAAAAGUUGAACAAGACUCAAAGGAGACAGUAAAAUUAUCUCAUGAAGAUGAACAAGUUAUUGAGGAACCUGGACCCUCUGCUGGUAUUUCUGGUGAUGUUGCUUGUUCAAAUCCAAAUAAGACAGAAAAGAACCUUGCAGAUUUGUCUAGUUCUGUGGAUGAAGUUACUGAAUGUAAUUUGGAAAGGAAGAAUACCAUGAAUGUUGCUGAUGAUAAAGCUAAGAACUCUCUUCAAAGAAAUAAAAUGGAACCAUUGGGUUAUUGUGAAGACACAGAGUCUAAUAAGCAGUUGCAGAGCACCGAGUUUAAUAAAUCAAACUUAGAGGUGGUUGAUACUAGUACUUUUGAAUCAGAAAGUAAUAUUUUAGAAAAUGCUAUUUGUGAUUUGUCUGACCAAAAUUCUAAACAGUUGAGUAUUACAGAAAGUGCUAAAAUGGACACUUAUGAAACAGCAAACCUUCAGGGUGACAGAAACAGCCAGUCAAGUAAUGUUUCUUACUUAGAGUCAAAAACUAUAAAGUCAAAACACACAAAACCUGUAAUUCAUUCUAAGCAAAACAUGACCACAGAUACUCCGAAGAAAAUUGUUGCAGUAAAGCAUGAAGUAAUGCAGAACAGAGCUAAAGUUAAUGUCAAAAGUGGGAAACGAAAUGCUGAUGAACCAGAAUCUCAGCAAAAUUUUCAUAGGCCAGUCAAAGUCAGAAAAAAACAAGUUGAUAAGGAGUCAAAGAUUCAGAGUUGCAAUUCUGGGGUUAAAUCCAUAAAAAACCAAGCUUAUUCUGUUUUGAAGAAAACAUUACAGGAUCAGAAUUUCAUACAAAUUUCUAAACCCUUAACUCAUUCUUUGAGUGAUAAGCCUCAUGGUCACCCUGGUUGCUCUAAAGAACCUCAUAAUCCUGCACAAACUGGACAUUUAGUACAUUCCACCCAGAAACAGUGCCAUAAGCCUCAGCAGCAGGCCUCAGCAAUGAAAACUAAUAGUCACGUGAAGGAAGAGCUCGAACACCCAGGUGCUGAGCAUUUUAAAGAGGAAGAUAAACUGAAACUAAAAAAACCUGAGAAGAGCCUACAACCCCGUCAAAGAAGAAGCAGCAAAAGUUUUUCUUUGGAUGAACCACCAUUGUUUAUUCCAGACAACAUUGCUACUGUAAAAAGAGAAGGCUCUGAUCAUAGCUCUUCAUUAGAAAGCAAAUAUAUGUGGACUCCCAGCAAGCAGUGUGGGUUUUGCAAAAAACCGCAUGGCAACAGGUUUAUGGUUGGCUGUGGGAGAUGUGAUGACUGGUUUCAUGGUGAUUGUGUUGGGUUAAGUCUUUCUCAAGCACAGCAGAUGGGAGAGGAAGACAAAGAAUAUGUCUGUGUAAAAUGCUGUGCUGAAGAAGAUAAAAAGACAGAAAUAUUAGAUCCAGAUAUUUUGGAAAAUCAAGCCACAGUUGAAGUCCAUAGUGAAGAUAAAACAAUGGAAUGUGAAAAGCUUGGGUUAUCGAAACAUACAACAAAUGACAAAAGCAAAUAUAUAGAUGAUACAGGGAAGCACAAGGUCAAAAUUUUAAAACGGAAAUUAGGUACUCAUGAGAAGCAAGAAGUAAAGAAGAAAAAAGUUGAAAAAGGAGUGCCUAAUGUGUAUCCUCCUGCUGCUGCUACUUCCAAGCCUUCUGCAGAUCAGAUCAGACAAAGUGUCAGACAUUCUCUCAAAGACAUUCUUAUGAAAAGACUUACAGAUUCAAAUUUGAAGGUACCAGAAGAAAAGGCAGCAAAAGUUGCUACAAAAAUUGAAAAAGAGCUUUUCUCUUUUUUUCGGGACACAGAUGCUAAAUAUAAGAACAAAUAUAGAAGUUUGAUGUUCAAUCUGAAAGAUCCUAAAAACAACAUAUUAUUUAAAAAAGUACUGAAAGGAGAAGUAACCCCUGAUCAUCUUAUAAAAAUGAGUCCAGAAGAACUAGCUUCUAAAGAGUUAGCUGCUUGGAGACGAAGAGAAAACAGACAUACCAUAGAGAUGAUUGAGAAAGAGCAGAGAGAAGUGGAAAGAAGACCAAUCACAAAAAUAACUCAUAAAGGUGAAAUAGAAAUUGAGAGUGAUGCCCCAAUGAAAGAACAAGAAGCAGCCAUGGAGAUUCAGUUUGAUGUCUUCUGGAUUUUAGGUCGAAUGGCACCACCUGUAGAUGAUCUUUCUCCGAAAAAAGUGAAAGUUGUUGUUGGAGUAGCUCGUAAGCAUUCAGACAACGAAGCAGAAAGUAUAGCUGAUGCAUUGUCUUCAACCUCAAAUAUUUUGGCUUCUGAAUUCUUUGAAGAGGAGAAACAAGAGUCUCCAAAGUCAACAUUCUCUCCUGCUCCCCGUCCAGAGAUGCCUGGAACUGUUGAAGUUGAGUCUACUUUCUUGGCUCGAUUGAACUUCAUCUGGAAAGGUUUUAUCAACAUGCCUUCUGUGGCAAAAUUUGUUACCAAAGCCUACCCGGUAUCUGGCUCCCCUGAAUACUUGACAGAGGAUCUACCAGAUAGUAUUCAAGUAGGUGGCAGAAUAUCACCUCAGACAGUUUGGGAUUAUGUGGAAAAAAUAAAAGCAUCAGGAACCAAGGAAAUCUGUGUGGUUCGCUUUACACCAGUAACUGAAGAAGAUCAGAUUUCUUAUACUUUGCUGUUUGCAUACUUCAGUAGCAGAAAACGCUAUGGAGUAGCUGCUAACAACAUGAAGCAGGUUAAAGAUAUGUACCUUAUUCCUUUGGGUGCUGCAGAUAAAAUUCCACACCCUCUUGUGCCUUUUGAUGGACCUGGGCUUGAACUGCAUAGACCGAAUCUGUUGUUGGGCCUAAUUAUUCGUCAGAAACUGAAGCGGCAACAUAGUGCUACUGCCACUACUAGUCAUACAGCUGAGGCUUCUGAAAGUAUACCGAUAGUGUUGCCACCUGAUAAAAAAAGUAAAAUGGAAGGUUCUACAGAGGAAGCACCAGAGGAAGAAAAUGACUUUUUUAAUUCUUUUACAACUGUAUUACACAAGCAGAGAAAUAAGCCUCAGCCGACUCUUCAAGAAGACCUUCCAACAGCAGUUGAACCUUUAAUGGAAGUUACCAAACAGGAGCCACCAAAACCUUUAAGAUUUCUUCCUGGUGUAUUGAUUGGCUGGGAAAAUCAACCUUCUACUCUGGAAUUAGCAAAUAAACCUCUUCCUGUGGAUGAUAUACUUCAAAGCCUUUUAGGUACCACUGGUCAAAUAUAUGACCAGGCUCAAUCAGUGAUAGAACAAAACACUCCUAAAGAAAUUCCAUUUUUAAAUGAGCAAACCAACUUGAAAGCAGAGAAAAUAGAUAAAGUAGAAGAAACUGAUGGUGAAGCCAAGGAGGUAAAAGUUAAAGUAGAUAAUCUUUCAGAAUCCACAGGUAAUUCAGUAGUAAUAGGAGAAGAAACAUCAGUAGAAGGAUCCUCCUCCAUUUCUCCAGGGCCUUCGACAGGUCUUAGUCUCAGAGGUAAACCACCAGAUGUUUCCACAGAAGCCUUCUUAACAAACUUAUCAAUUCAGUCAAAACAAGAGGAAACUGUGGAGAGUAAAGAGAAAACAUUAAAAAGACAGCAGUUGCAAGAUCAAGAGAAUAAUUUGCAAGAUAAUCGGACUUCAAAUACCAGUUCUCCAUGCAGAUCCAAUGUGGGAAAAGGAAACAUAGAUGGUAAUGUGAAUUGCAGUGAAAACCUUGUUGCUAAUGCAACAAGGUCCCCACAGUUUAUCAACCUGAAAAGGGAUCCUAGGCAAGCAGCAGGACGAAGUCAGCAGGUAACUACUUCAGAAAGCAAAGAUGGAGAUAGUUGCCGGAAUGGAGAAAACCAGACCCUGCCUGGCCUGUCACACAACAAGGAGCACUUAGUGGAACAUACCAACGUAGAGGAAAAGUCGUCUUCUGCAGAGAAAAACUCAAGUGUUCAACAGAGUGAUAAUGCAAAAGUUGCCCAAAACUCACCAUCAGUAGAAAACACACACACUUCUCAAACAGAACAAGCAAAGCCCUUACAGGAGGAUGUUUUAAUGCAAAAUAUUGAAACUGUGCACCCAUUUAGAAGAGGAUCAGCAGCAGCAGCGACAUCUCAUUUUGAAGUUGGAAACACAUGUCAAUCAGAAUUUCCAUCUAAAAACGUCAACUUUACUUCCAGAAGCACCAGCCCCAGAACAAGUGCAAACUUUUCACCCAUGAGGCCACAGCAGCCCAACCUCCAGCAUCUCAAGUCUAACGCGCCUGGAUUUCCAUUUCCAGGGCCUCCUAAUUUUCCCCCACAAAGCAUGUUUGGAUUUCCACCACAUUUGCCACCUCCAUUACUUCCCCCACCAGGCUUUGGCUUUGCUCAAAAUCCCAUGGUUCCCUGGCCACCUGUUGUUCAUCUUCCAGGCCAACCGCAGCGUAUGAUGGGUCCUCUUUCACAAGCAUCAAGGUAUAUAGGCCCACAAAAUUUUUACCAGGUUAAAGACAUUCGGAGACCAGAAAGGCGCCAUAGUGACCCUUGGGGUAGGCAAGACCAACAGCAACUGGAUAGGCCAUUUAAUAGGGGUAAAGGGGACCGCCAGAGAUUUUAUAGUGAUUCACACCACUUGAAAAGAGAGCGACAUGAAAAGGAAUGGGAGCAAGAAUCUGAAAGGCAUAGACGCAGAGACAGAAGCCAAGACAAGGACAGAGACAGAAAAAACAGGGAGGAAGGGCACAAAGAUAAAGAGAGGGCACGGUUAUCACAUGGUGAUCGAGGAGCAGAUGGGAAAGCAAGCAGAGAUAGUAGGAAUGUAGACAAGAAGCCAGAUAAACCUAAAAGUGAAGACUAUGAGAAGGACAAAGAACGAGAGAAAAGUAAACAUAGAGAAGUAGAAAAGGACAGGGAUAGGUACCAUAAAGAUAGGGACCACACUGACAGAACUAAAAGCAAAAGGUAAAAUUUGCAGGCUGCUUCAAGAUUACAUUUAAAUAACUGUUAAAUGUUGUAUCUUAAAAACUUUCUAAGAUUGCCUGCUAAGAUUGUGCCAUCUUUUACAUUUUUACUAUUGGUGGUUUGCAGAACAAUAAAUUCUGUGUGUUGGUGCAGAGUACUCUGUGCCAGUGCUCAUCAUCCCUUCUUCAUACCAACUGUCCCUAGUAAUAGGAAUUUAAUAUUUUUAAAAGUUUUACAUUGCUGUAUAUUCAAAGAUUUGUUUUAUUAAUAUGCAAUAAAGGCUUAGAAAUUUUAGUUUUGUUCCUUAA